CGGUCCUUUAAACCAGCAGUGCUCAGUCGUCAGCGGAGGUAAAACAGGAUCUACUCACGGUUGAAAAGGCAACAUUCGACCGCCGAAAAAAAUCUCAUGGAUUUAUUACCUUUGCCGCGGUUCAUGGGGUGACUACUGAGCUGACGAGGACGGUUGAAAGUAACUUCAACCCACACUCCCCUCCCUCUCAUCGUGUUCCCUUCCUGAUCCCUUUUCCCUGUUGGCUGCUGUUCCCCAGAGGGCGGUGCUAAGUAUGGGGUAAGAGAGCUGAGAGGAGACACCAAAACGACUCUAGCUGAGAGGGCCUUCUAUCCUGCACAGGUUGUGACGGGUGCAGGACAGUGUCAUGGCGCUGCUGAGGAGGAGGCUGAAGCUUGUGGUGACAGUGAUGAUGGUCAACCUCUUUAUCUUCAUAAUCAUCUCCAGACACAGCAGCCAAGACAAAAAUGGGCGUCAGAAGAUCAACAUCCCAACCAAACCAUUCUGGUCGAAACUGGCUCCCAGCUCAGCGUACUGGAACCGCCAGCAGCAGAUUCUGGACCUUCAGCAUAACCCUGUCCUGAUGGCAAACUGUAGUUUUGGAGAUCUACCUGAUUGGCUCAAUGACACCAGUGUGAGCUCUGACUUGUGCAAGCCUAACUUUAGGGUUACCACUCAGGUCAAAGACUACAACUCCCUGCCAGACCGCUUCAAAGACUUCCUGCUUUACAUGCAAUGCCGCUCUUACCAGCUCACUGUGGACCAGCCUGAUAUCUGUAAGGAGCCACCAUUCCUGCUCCUGGCGGUCAAAUCCCUGGCACCGCAUUUUGACCGUCGUCAGGCAAUUCGUCAGUCCUGGGGACGGGCAGGUGUUAUGGCCAAUCGGACAGUGGUUACCAUCUUCCUCCUAGGUAAUGCCACUGCGGGAGACCACCACCCAGAUCUCUCUGGGAUGCUUCAAUACGAGCAUGCCCGCCAUAAAGACAUUAUCCAGUGGAAUUACAGAGAUUCUUUCUUCAACUUGACAGUUAAAGAGGUCCUCUUCCUGGAGUGGAUCCAGACUCGUUGCUCUGGUGCUCGCUUCAUCUUCAAAGGUGACGACGACGUCUUUGUUAAUACCUACCGCAUCCUGGAUUUCCUCAAGGGCCUCUCUGGGCCCAAGGCCAGGGACCUGUUUGUUGGCGAUGUGAUCACCAACGCAGGGCCACACAGAGACAAAAAGGUCAAAUAUUUCAUCCCAGAGAGCAUGUACGUGGGGACGUACCCUCCAUACGCGGGGGGAGGUGGAUACCUUUACUCCGGUGAUAUCGCCGCUCGUCUGCACAAUGUGUCACAACACGUAGCGCUCUACCCAAUAGAUGACGUCUACACAGGGAUGUGUCUCAGGAAGCUUGGGCUGGCCCCCGAGAAGCACAAAGGCUUUAGGACCUUCAACAUAGAGGAGAAGUACAGGUCAAAUCCCUGCGCCUACAAGAGUUUAAUGCUGGUUCACCCAAGGACCCCACAGGAGAUGAUCCAGAUCUGGGCCUGGCUCAAUAGUCCUGAUCUGAACUGCCAGUGAUGACUCUUCAGGAGGCACUUUGGAAUCUCUGCCCUAUAAAAGACUCUUUGAGGUUGUUCAGUGGGGUCAGUGUAAAAAAAAAAAAAAAAGAACCACACACACAUUUUGAACAGGGUCAGGACUUAGAAGUUGGCAGCUUUAAGUGAAAAUAUUCUUGUCAUGGUCACUUGAAGCCUCAGCGUGGAGCAACUGAUCCGUUAAAAAACGAGGGGGAAUGUGUUGAUAAUACCAUUUUUAAAAAUGGCUACCAUAGUAUUUUGACUUGACAUCAGGCUUCCAUUGACAAGCUAACCCUGCUUUUCUGUUAAUAGUGGCCGUGUCUGUCUUUGCGUGCACAUAUUUAUAUCAGAACUAUUUAUAUGGCGUUUAAAUGCUUAAACACUGUGUGUCAGCUCUGUGAUGGAGCAUCUCAAUGCUGUAUUAUAGAAAUAAGGAGACUAAGAAUGCAGAUGUGUCCACCUGGGACUCUUUGUUGUUUGUAGAGGGAUAUCUGUGUCAGAUUAUUGACACUGAAUAAAACACAAAUGUUUUCAGAACACUUGAGUGUCUAAAUAUGUCAAAAAUAAGUGAAAGAGUGAAGCUCUUUAACUUGAUGUCUCUGUAACAAUCAGCUGUUCCUGAAUGCAGCAGGUAGUUGCUACUUGCUUUAACAGAGCAUCCUGGUGAACACAUCCUGUUAAUUGUUGCUGGUUGCUUAGUUUGUGCUGCUAUUCUUAUCCACACUCCCUAAAGUUUUCUGAAAAACUUGUGACUCACUCCAACUCAAACCACUCUCUCCUCUUAAAAAAAUAGUCUAAUACCUUUUUUUUUCAAACCAUUUAUUUGGAAAGAAUAUCUUACUUUACUUUCAUCAUUCAAUCUCUCUAAAGCCUGCAAGUGUCUUGUAUCAUGGAACGACAGUACUUCAGGUCCAUAAAGAGUUUAGAGUUGGGCUGUCAAGUGGAGUGAGCACGCACUUUGCUUUAAGGAAACAGAGGAAUUUUAGUUUAGCUCUGCAGGUCUGAACCUGGUGUUGACAUGAAUAGAAAAAUCCAAAUGCUGUUUGAUAUCGCUUCAGGAUCACAUGUUACACAAUAAGAAAAACUGCUCCGAGUAACUGCUGUUUGUUGUUUUGAAGCUGCCUCUGUCUGAAAUCCCAGGCUUUAACUCACCUUUUUAGAGCCUGCUGCUGUGUGGAAGUGAUGAAUACUGCUCUUUGUUGCUUUACUGUGUUCUCUGUGAAAAAGAGUUAAAAAUGCUUUGACACGCAGGUGGAACAUGGCAGAACAUCGCGUCCAGGAAGCUUUCAUUACUUGACAAAUGAGCUCUGCAGUGUUGCCUCACCAUUUUUAAAGGUCUCAUUUCAAAAUGUUACAGAUCCAUUUUAGGAGGAAAUUAUUAUUGUCCAAACUUUGUUUGUGAUGAUUAUUCAUCACUCUGGAUCUGUUUGAUAUGAAUUUUCAUCUUUCCAGGACUUGUUUAAAAUGACAGAUUAGUCAUCUUGGAAGGAUUUUAAAGUCACUGCUCAGCUCACUACUGUAUGGCUUUAAAGCACAAAUGCUGUUCUUGUUCACGAGAGGAGUGCUGCACAUAUUUACUUUGAAUCGAUGUUACGUAAUGCUCCUUUUUCAGUUGUAUCUGAGACACCGUCAGGCUGCAGGGGUCUCAGAUGAUUCUGUGUGAUAUAACUCUCCUCAGAGAAUUGAAUGACUACAGAAAUGGAUGUUCUCUGUUUCUCUUGAUAAGAAAAGGUCAGAAAAGUGUAUUAUAUGAAUGUACAUGUAAAUGUCAAGUUAAGGAUUAGCUUUCUUUUUUACUCACUUAGCUUUACUUCAGUAUUUUUCAUCAGAUUCAGGUUCACAAGAUUAACACUGAAACAGUAAUUUAAAUGUUGGUUGUUUUGGGAUAUUUAGAUCCUGAAGCUGGUAGAUAGACUUUUGAUCUGAGAGCAGAAGGCUGAUGUUUCUAGAGCUCCCCCUGCUGGCCAGGAUGGCGGGCUUUCGCUUUACACACUGGCUGUCCCAUGACAAAAAACUGCUCUCCUGGACUCUAUUUAUCUUAUUUUAACAAAUAAUUAUUUGUCUUUCACUCUUCACAUAUUGCAAAUCAUCAUGUAGCUCUCAAUUUACUCUCUGUCACUGUAUUGUGAUAUGUCUGCACCCCUUUUAUCACCUACAUAUGCCUUUUAUGUUACAUGUGUAAAAACUAUAGACAAUCACAGUGAUGUUUUUAAACUAAUUUUGUAAGUGUGUUCUUGAAUGACUGAAUUAGAGUCUCAGUGUAAGAUGAAUAGAAUACUAAGUAUAGGAGCCAAGCAGAGGUUAGGCAUCACCUGUUCACCUCUUGUUCUGUAGGUCACGUAUCAACAUCUUCACUGUGGUUUCUUAUCGCUCACACACCAAUUCUAGGUUACAUUCUGUCAUUGCUGCACAGUUUGGGGCUACUUGAAAUGUUUACAUGCUUUAAGAUUAUAUCAUCCCUCAUUUUUAUUGUUGUUUUGUUCGUCUGGUGACAGAAUUUUGCCUUUCUUUUUGAAUUUCUGUCCUUAUGCCUUGUAUGUUGGAAUGUAAUUCCUCACUGCGCUUUAAUUUGUAUCUGUGCUUCUCUUGCCCCUUUAAAGUACCUGAUUUUUCAAUUUUUUCUUUUUUUGAAUGCACAACUCUGCUGUAUGUUUCCACCGUCAGUGUUUCUCUGGUCUUAGUAGCAGGUUGAGUCAUUUUAGGAGCUUCUACACACGCUGGUGUUGUUUUAAGGCCAAGAGGAUGUAGAAUGUCAUAAUACCAUACAUAAAUAAAUGAAAUGUCCAUGAAGCUGCAAGAAUGACGGGGAUAAUGUAGGGGUCAGCAUGAUGGGAAAAGUCCAUGAAAAGCUGAGUAUUAUUAUAUCUUCAUCGUGUCUUCUUUUUUGAGGAAAAAAAAUUCAGAUCAGGAUGAAUCUCUCUGUUUUGUUACCCUAAGAGAAUGUUUUCAGUCAUCUCAGGGUCAGUCAUCACCUUUACAGCCCCGUUUAACAUGCCUUUCAGAAACCUGUCAUUAAUGUGUUAGACGCCUGCACUAGUCAGAGAUGAUCACCAAAUCUGUGCCUCAUGUUUGUAAGUUCAGCGUGAUUGCUUUUUUAAUACACGACUUGAUUAUUUCAAUAAAGUUGUAUUUUGCUGUAUAUCUGUUCUAUGCAUUAUUUUGUAAGAAAAACAAAUAAAUUAUGUGAAAUCAGUGAAGUAAAUGUGUUCAUCUGUUUUCAUCACAAGAAGUUCAACAUGUAAGAAAGUAUUAAAUGACCCACUCUACUAACUGUAUGAUUCUUAUCACACUACUGAAUUUUAAUGAUACUUUAGUCCUUUUUCCAUUUUUAUGAACAUGUGAAUAAAUAUGGUUCUUUUUAGGGCUGUCACUAAGAAUACUUAAAUUGGGAUUAAUUAAUAGCUGCAUGAAUUUUGAAUUGUGAGUAAUCCCAUGCUUUACUGUCUCUUUUAGUACUCAGUUGUUAAACCACUACAGCAUCUUGCAGCAAUAAUGAUGAAAAAGAAGUCCCCUACUGCCUCUUAAUGUCUCAUUUCACUUUAAGAAAACUCCUAGGGGUCAGUGGACAAAUCAAAAGUUAUGCAAUACGUAUGAGCAAAUAUUUACCUUUUGCUGGUCCUUCUUCCCUUUUAUAAUCAAUGACUUUUUCUGUGAUUGACAUAAUAUUUAAUCUACUGUACCCUGAGUUCCCUCUUUUCUUUGAAAAUAAAAGUCUGUAUCCAUAAAGGAAGUUAUAGUUUAAGUCACUACAAGUCCAAAAUAAACCAAAGUCUUGAAAGCAUAACAGUGCCAUUUCAAACUGAACUUGACUAACUAUAGAAACUGAGAUUAAUUAACUGUAGAAAUUCUGAAAUUAAUUGUGAUUUAAAAAAUUUUAAACCUUAGAGACAGACCCAUUGAAUGGGCCCUCCCAAAGAUCCAGAAGGUCUCUCUUUGAAGCCGUUUUUUAAGACAGUCACCACCUUUAACUGACUGCUCCACUAGCUCUAAACCUUCUACCUUCAGAAGAGGGUUUAGAACUUUUAAAAAACUGCUUCAAGGAGAGACCCUCUGGAUCUUUAGGUUUAUUGCCAUGGCUUAUUCAGGCCUCAAUGAGGAGAUUGAUUUCAAACCUUUUCUAUAAAAGAUGUUUUCAAAAAUUAGGAAUAAUUUAGAUCAAUGUUGUUCAAUAAACAUAUUUUUUAUAGAACAUCUAUCUCAUUAGUAAAUAGAUCAGCCUUUAUUUGAAUUCAAAACUAAUAUUUUGAUUGAUUAAUUGAUUUAUUUAUAAUUUUACACACUCAUCCCUUCUUUGAGUAUCUUACCCCCCUUUUUUGUGAAUCUGUCUUAAGUUAAUUGACGUUUUUACUGUAGCCUGUUACAUUUACAGCCUGUUAUAUUUGUACCUUCUAUUUAUACCAGAUACAAUGACGUGUCAGUCUAAUGUGUUUUUAUUUGGUGGACACAUAUGCCAUUCAUUUUUGUUAUAGGAAUAUUAUCUGAGUGGAAUCCCACAGGGCCAUAAUAUAUUAUAUUAAAUUGUACUUUAAUUCAUAUCGCCACUUGUGCUGAACUGUUGAAAAACAAAAAAUGUUAUUGUGAUUCUUUCAACUGAUGGGUCUAAAUUCCUCCAGCACAUCCUUGUGGGUGCUGUUUUCUCUGUGGU